UGAACGAAUCGGAUACAAAUCGAUAAAUCAAGAUACAAGAAAAAAAUUUGUGAACUUUUUUUUUUGAUUGAAAAGAAAAUCUAUUGCCUCUGGGACAGAGAUGUUUUUCUUUCAAUUAACUUUUCUUUUUUCAUCCGAAAUGAAUGGAUAAUCGAAUGGAUGAUGAAUUAAAUGACAUUUAUGGAAACGACUGUUUUGUUCGGUUAACUUUCCAUGCCGGUAGAAUAGUUAAAUUUGAGACGAACUCGACAAAAAGUGACAUAACACUGCAAAAUGUGAACGAAAUUAGGCAAAAAAACACACCCAUUAUUGUGAAAAAUUUUAUUUUGUGAAUUAACAAAAAAAAAUCUCUGCUCAGCCGAUCGCUUGGUGUCAAAUAAAACGUUUCGGAUAGUAUAAAAACGGAUAGAGUUCUGUUUCGUAAUAAGAGUGGAGGUUGCAAGUGUGAACAAUUAUUAGGACUUUUAAUUUAUCAUUCAAAUCAUGAAUCUUGGAUACAAAAGAAGAUUUGAAUGGACGACGCCGUUGUAACAAAAACACACACGGCCAGGCGGAUUCAUAUAAAUACAUUUAAUGGAUACAAUUUAAUUUUUUACUGAACUGCUCAAAAUAUAAGAGGAGAAAACAUUUUUCGCUGCAGUGGAAAAAGGGAUUAUGUAAAAACAAUGUGAACUAUUUCCAGUAAAUUUUUAGUGUACAUUUUAGGGACUAUAUUUUGUGAUAUUAUAUGAGAAAACAAUCCAUUUUUAUUUGUUAAAAAAGGAAAACUAUCCAUUACAUAUACUCUAAAUUAGUAAAUUAAUAAGAUCAUGUAUGUGAGUCUGAUUGCUAUUUGGCUAAUCGCAGUGCAGCAUGGUAUUUGUGACGACGACACAACUCAAUGGCCUGAUUUGUACAACGAUAAAACAUCCAAAAUUCCGUUAUCAAAUCCUGGUGCAGCUCGACAAAUAUUCGGAUCAAGUGCUUUGAGACCAUUUGGCAGCAUCCCAUCAACAAAACAUCCACGACUCAGUUACGACGAUCGCCGUUUCUCAGAGACUCAAGACACAGUCAAGCAAUAUUCCCUUGGUACAAUUAUAACCGAACCGAAUGGACAUGCUGGUGUUCCACCACCUAUUAUAUCUCAACAGCCAUAUGACGCUAGUUAUCGCGCCGGCGGUGUUAAAGUUCCUAGUGGUGUAGUUCCGGCACCGCCAGGUCUCGGAUCGAGCCAGCACGUCGAUUUGUAUGGACUAAGAAAUUUCGGUGAACGGCAUGGCGAUGGUGGCGGUCGCUGGCAAUCGUGGGACCGAUACGAACAUCAAUCACACGGCCAUGUCAACGAAUUCGUUCCACAACAUCAAAUUAUUGAUCCUGAAAAAGAUUUGAUGGAACCGAAUGACAGUGGCGAUACGGCGAUCGAACCGGAAUGUUCGUUAGUUUGUCUGACAAGUGAAUAUCUGUGCACUCGCAGUUGUAGCUGUACGCCCAAGUAUACAUUAUGCGAUGGCGAAUUUCAUUGUGAAUUUGGUGAAGAUGAAGAAGAAUGUAAUGCCAAUGGUACAAAUGAAGAAAUAAUUGAGGGAAUUCGUGCUGAAUGCAAGUCUACUGGCUUACAUGUAAUGUGUCCGCGAACAUUUAUUUGCAUAUCUCAUAAUUGGUUGUGUGAUGGUGACGAUGACUGCGGAGAUUAUUCCGAUGAAACGCAUUGUGGCGCCCGCCUGAACUGUUCGGAAGAUCAGUUUGAGUGCCAAAACGGUUUAUGUAUACAGCAACAAUGGGUGUGUGAUAACGACAAUGACUGCAAAGACUAUUCGGACGAAGUCAAUUGCACAAAGCUUUCUUGCAGUCACGACGAAUUUCAAUGUGCGGAUGGAAAUUGCAUAUCAGCGUCAUUCAAAUGUGACGGUGACUCCGACUGCAUGGACGAGUCAGAUGAAAUUAAUUGUCAAGCGUCAAUGACCAUGUGCCCGGAAGGAGAAUUCAAAUGUAAAUCGUCACGUGGCAUGAACCUGCAUGCUGGCAAGUGUAUUUUGAAUCGUUUUCGCUGUGACAAUGAUAAUGAUUGUGGUGAUUGGAGUGACGAAGAGGGAUGUCCUUCCAAGCCAUCAAGUUGUUCAACGACUGAGUUUAAAUGUGGUGAUGGCACUUGUAUACCGGGACAGUGGAGAUGUGACCGAGAGCAGGAUUGUGAUAGUGGCGAAGACGAAAAGAAUUGCAACGAAGCAGUAGAGGGUAGUCGAUCUUGUGCAAGCGAUGAGUAUAGUUGUAAGGAUGGGAGAUGUAUAAUGAAAACUUGGUUGUGUGAUGGCGUUGCUGAUUGUAAAAAUGGUGAUGAUGAGCGUGACUGUCCGAGUAUGUGUGAAAUUGGCCAAUUCUCUUGUCCGAUGAAUAAAAAUUCGACGAAAAGUUUGCGGAUAUGCGUAAAUCAGAAACAUGUGUGUGACGGUCGCAACGACUGUCCAAACGGAGAGGAUGAGAAAAAUUGUCCAGUUUUGAAGAAAUGUGAUUCCAGAUCGAAAUGCGAACAGCUUUGUGUCACUACCAGUGACAAUCGAGAAGAAUGUGCAUGUCGCGUCGGGUUUGUUCUACAUGAGAAUAGGCAUAAUUGUACUGACAUCGACGAGUGUUCAUUUUCCAUUGACUCAGUAUGUUCUCAGAAUUGUGUGAACACCCAUGGAAGCUUUAUCUGUUCAUGUACAAACGGUUAUAUAUUGCGUCCAGAUUUACGUACCUGCAAGGCAUUGGGAGGCGCAGUUAAGCUCAUAAUGGCAAAUCGUGCUGACAUACGAGAAGUGGCAUUGAGCAAUAGCAAAUACAUUUCCAUCGUAAAGGGACUGCACAACGCAAUCGCCAUUGACUAUCACUACAGCAAACAUUAUCUGUUCUGGUCCGAUGUAUCCACUGACGUAAUCAAAAUGUCCUUCAUGAACGGAACCGGACUGAAAACCGUUGUAAAAUAUGGUCUCGAAUCGCCUUCUGGAUUGGCAGUUGAUUGGAUACAUGAUUUGAUGUUCUGGACUGAUGCUGGCACUCGUCGUGUAGAAGUAUCUUCUUUCGAUGGUGCACUUAGGGCAGUCGUAGCUGCAAAUGAUUUGGAUAAGCCAAGAGCAAUCGUUGUCCAUCCCGGAGAGGCAUUCAUAUUUUGGACGGAUUGGGGUACUACAACCACAGGACCAAAUCCGAAAAUUGAACGCGCUUUCAUGGACGGCUCGGAGCGGAAAAUUAUUGCAACUGAUGGAGUAUUUUGGCCGAAUGGCUUAGCUAUUGAUUAUCCAGCCGGUAAGAUAUAUUGGGCGGAUGCUAAGCAUCAUGUGAUUGAGAGCUGCCACUACGAUGGAUCUAACAGGAAGAAGAUCUUAAGUACCAAUCUGCCGCAUCCAUUUGCGCUGACAAUUUUCGAAGAUUUAAUGAUUUGGACCGAUUGGCACACCAAAUCGAUUUCAGCAGCAAAUAAAAUCACUGGCAAGGGAUUUCGAACCAUUCACGAUCGACUGCAUUUCCCGAUGGACAUUCACAGCUAUCAUCCAGCCCGGCAACCCACGUAUCCCAAUCGAUGUGUGCCAGACAAGAAAGGUCUGAAAGGAGGAUGUUCACAUUUGUGUUUGCCAAAUAGAGAAACGAGACGGUGUGGCUGUCCAAUCGGAUUGACUUUGAGAGAUGAUCAGAAAACUUGCACAUCCGUACCGGACAAGCUGUUGUUGGUUGCCAGAAAGAAAGACAUAAGGAUACGUCAGCUGUCGUCCAGGAAUAUUUCAGCUGAAAUUGAUAUGGUGAUUCCGCUGGAUGGCCUAAAAUCUACCAUUGCUAUCGAUUGGUGCAGUAAAAGUGAUUCUAUAUACUGGACCGAUGUCGGUCGCAGUGCAAUAAGUCGUUCAUAUCUUAACGGCAGUGAGCAGGAACACAUUUUAACCGCAAAUUUAGUAUCACCCGCCGGUCUUGCACUGGACUGGGUAACGAAUAAGCUUUAUUGGACGGAUACGGGCACAAAUCGAAUUGAAGUAGCAACGACUGAUGGCAAACAGAGAGCACUUUUGAUUUGGAAACGGUUAGGAAAGCCAAGAGACAUUGUGGUGGAUCCGAUCGAUGGGCUAAUGUUUUGGUCAGAUUGGGGAUCGACACCGGUGAUUGAACGAGCCAAUAUGGAUGGGUCUAAUCGUGUGUCAAUCGUAACGCAAAAUCUUCUCUAUCCGAAUGGGCUGGCUGUCGAUCAAAUGAACAGUCGAUUGUAUUUCGUUGAUGGCGGCAUCAAGACAUUGGAAUAUGUCAGCUUCGACGGCACCGAUCGAAAGACAUUGAUUUCGACGGGUUUGCUACAUCCGUUCGGAAUGGAUAUUUAUGGUCACAAAGUGUAUUGGACGGACUGGGAAACGCAGAGCGUGGACAUGGCUGAUAAAUUUACCGGAAAGAAUCGGAAAACUAUUGUCGCUAAUACCAGCGACCUAAUGGACAUUCGUAUAUUUCAUCGGGAACGAAAGACCAUAGUGAAUCCAUGCGCUAUUUCGAAUGGUGAUUGUUCGCAUAUGUGCUUGUUGAAUCAAAAAGGAUACAGUUGUGCUUGUCCUAUCGGUGUUAAAUCGAAGAAUAGUCGGACGUGUUACGAUGGUCCCAUUAAGUACAUAAUACUUGCGCAUCGCAUAGACAUUCGUCAAAUUUCACUGGAUAUUGACUAUUUGAUCGAUGUUAUUAUGCCAUUUCCAUCUAUUCAUUCCGCUGUUGCCGUCGAUGUCGACCUUCAGACUGGCGACUUUUACUGGUCUGAUACCGUCGAAGAUGUCAUUAUUCGAUCAUCGGCUGACGGUACCAAUAUUCGUCAAGUUCUGGCCGAUAGUUUAGAUAAUGUGGACGGACUGGUGGUGGAUUCAGUUGGUCGGAAAUUGUAUUGGACCGACGGCGGCCGUAGAACAAUUGAAGUCAGCGAAUUGAAUGGUACGAAUCGGGCAGUUCUAUUUUAUGAAGAUCUAGAAGCACCUCGGGGCAUCACAUUGGACUAUGGCGAAGGAUAUCUAUUUUGGACUGAUUGGGGAACUUAUCCGAGAAUCGAACGUUCCAAUAUGGAUGGAACGCGCCGCACGAAAGUUGUUACCUCGAAUAUUGUGUGGCCGAAUGGUAUAUCGCUGGACGCAACGGAAAAGCGAAUAUACUGGGUCGAUGCACAGACCAAGCGAAUUGAGUCAUGUGAUUAUGACGGAAACAAAAGGUCCAUGCUAGCGUCAGAUUUACCCUAUCCGUAUGGAAUUGCAGUUACACGCGAUUUUGUUUAUUGGACCGAUUGGAAUUCUACGUCCCUGCAUGUCCUAAACAAAACCGAUACACGUGUACACCGGGUUGUGAAAAACAAUUUACAGGGACUGAUGGACGUUAAGGUUGUUGAAAAUGAUAAAAUUUUGGAAUCGAAUGUAUGCUCCCCAAACAAUGGCAAAUGCUCUCAUCUUUGUUUAAGAAGCUCCAAAGGCUUCACUUGUAAAUGUCCUACUGGAACAAAAAUGAUGAAUGAGAGCAGCACACAGUGUUAUUCAAUGCCACAGGAGUAUCUACUAUUGGCACUUCGAUCCGGAAUCGGUCAAAUUUCAUUGGACACGCCCGACCUGUUUGAUGUUGUUCUUCCCAUCGAAGAUGUACAUGGUGCUGUGGUACUUGACUAUCAUUACAAUGAAUCGAAAAUAUUUUACGCUGAUGUGCAUGCUGACGCUAUCAAAGUGGUGAACAUGAAAAAUAUGUCCAGCUCAAAAACUAUAAUUUCAACGGGAUUGAGUACGCCGAAUGGGAUUGCGGUAGAUUGGUUGGCACAAAAUUUGUAUUGGUCAGACACCGAAGCUAAAAUGAUCGAAGUAUCUCGUCUUGAUGGCAGUUGCAGAAAAGUAAUCAUUCAAACUGAACUGAACGAGCCCAGAUCUUUAAUUGUCUAUCCGAAAAGAGGGUUUAUAUUUUGGACAGAUUGGGGAAAGCCGCCGAAAAUCGAACGCAGUUUAAUGGAUGGUUCCAACAGAAAGGUGAUUAUCGACUCGAACCUUGGAUUCCCCAUCGGACUGGCUAUUGACUUUGCAACUCGCAAAUUGUACUGGACCGAUGCGUUAGAGGAUCGAAUCGAAGUGUCCGAUUUUGAUGGUAAAAAACGGAAGCAAAUCGUUCAGCAUGCAACACAUCCAUUCGGCGUGGCGUUAUCGGGGCCGUACAUUUAUUGGACGGAUUGGUUCAAUAAGUCAGUAUUUCGAGCUCCAAAAACGGGUAGUGCAAUCGGAGUUGAAAUACGACACGGACUUCGAGCAGCCUUAGAUAUUCGUUCGGUGUCGCAACAUCGGCAACCAUUUGACGUGCAUCCCUGUUCCAUUGAUAAUGGCGGAUGUAGUCAUUUGUGUUUGUUCAAGGGACAGUCUUACGAUUGCGCCUGUCCUGAUAAACCCGAUGGGCGAACCUGUAAGCUGAAAAAAGAUAUUGCGGUACUAUUAUCGGAUGUCGAUUACUCGGAAGUUGAUGACUUAUCGCAAGGCAAUUCGAAUGAGGAUCGAGAUAGUCGAAAUAGUCAGCACGGAAACGAAAGAUUUUAUUUGAUCGGAAUAAUAGUUGUGCUUAUCGCACUUUUUGGCGUCAUAGCUUGCAUAGCGUGUCUAUAUGUCAAUCAGAAAAGGAAACAGGGAAAACGGUCUCCAAUUGGAUCAACAAGAUCGGUACUUACAUUUUCGAAUCCAAAUUAUAAUGGCGCUGACGGACCACCGGAACCAAAAGUGACAAUAUGGAAAAGACUUAAAUAUGACAAAGCUCAGGAUCGAGUCUACGAAGAAAAAUGCCUUGGUUCGGAAUCAACGACAGCUACGCUUAACCUAAUAGCGCCAUCUCCUUCACCAAUGCCGUCACCUUCGGUAAAUCUACCACUAUCCACAAUUGGUUGAAUUUCUUAUAGAAAGAACAAUUAAC